GCUACUAUUUUCUGCCUUCUCUUCCCUUCACGGAGUCACAUUCCGCUGUGUUGGCUCAAAUUAAACGCUAUUUCUUUACUUAAAUCUACCCGUCUUUUAUCCAUUUGAUUCUAAACUCUCUCCUCUCUCACUCUUUAGAAUGCCGGUGGACUACUCGCAGAAGCUCGAGGCCCUUCGCGAGCUCUACGAGCGCGUGCAGCAGAAGGAGGCGGACAUCCCGGAGUCUGCCUACACGGCGGCUGGCGUGAAGAACAAGGCCCGCAUCAAGGAUAUUGAGAAGGAGCUCAGCGCCACGAAGAAAAAAGUCUCCCUGGAGCAGAAGAAGGAGACGGAUGCUGAGAUUGAGAAGGAGCAAGCCCAGCUCGCUGAAGAGAACGGCAUGUCUCUGGAGGAGUUCAAGCAGAAGGUACUGGCCAAGGAGCGCACGGUGGGCGAGGGAACCGAUCUCGCCAUGCGUCACACCGCCCAAAAGAAGGAGCGCGCACAGCAGCGGGAACUGAAGGAAACACGCCGCCUGGCGGACCGUGGUGACUUUGACUUAGAGGUGGACUACGUUUAA